AUGUCUACUGACGCUGCCAUGUCCCUUCUGUCCGAACACAGCGGGGGUUUUGGCAAUACAUCUUGCGCGAACGUGUCAGAUGGGAACUCCGUCCAACACAACGGCAAUAUUUUCAACAUCUCGAACUUGACCAACAGGGUUUACGGCAAGACGGAACGCGCAGUGUGCAAUAAACACCUGAAGCCUGUGCGUAUAAUACCACAGGCACUCUGUUUUCCUUUUCUGGGCCGGGAAACCGAACACGCGGAAAUCGUUGACGCUUUGACUCGCGGCGAAGAUGCCUCGUCGCGUGUUGUCGUAUGGGGAACAAUCGGGGUUGGUAAAACCCAACUUGCGCGACAAUGCUUGGAGGAUAUUCACUUGCCCAUGCAUAUGAUCUGGCUGAGGGCAUCUUCCAUCCAAGAGUUGAGUGAGUCUAUCUCAUGGGUGCUGGAGAAAAUUGAGAUCAAUCCAUCUUUGCGACCGCGGAGUACAGCACUGGCAGACUGGCUAGAGGAAUGUGGCACAGACGGUGAGGAAUGGCUUCUUGUGUUGGAUGACGUUAGAGAGACCACGUACACAGCAGCCCUUGCUACUAUACCCCACCGGAUGCGUCGGGGAAGGGUGCUUAUCACUACUCGCACUAAGGAGCUUGCUAUCAAAGCCGUAUCGCCGUUCCCGUACUGUGAACAGGUGUUUAUUGAAUUAGGAGCAUUCGACCUUGACCACGCGUACAAACUCUUUAUGCACGUUUGUGAUGGAGCAAGGAACCGGGGGGCCAUCAAAUACCGUAAUCGCGAUGAACAGGAUAUGGUGAACAAAGUGAAGGAAAUCCUAACUCGAUUGGGCUGCUUUCCACUUGCGGUCCACUCUGCUGCCAAUUAUCGGAGAAAGAGAACACUGGACGCAACAUGGGAAGGAAUAAUGAGGGUCCUCGAAUGGGAAGACAUAGUGUUGAAUUGUUACGGCUAUCGCUUCUAUCAGCAACAACCAGCGCUGAAAUACGCAUUGGACUCGUAUUGGGAGUCGAAAUAUAAACCAGAUCCUGACUUUGAAAGCCUCUCUGCUAUCUUGAAUAUCACAUGUUUUCUGAACCCGGAUAAGAUCAGUGUGAAGCUCUUGCGACAGCUCAAUCACACCACUAACACUUGGUCAUUGAAGUUUGCCAGAUUGGUUCAGUCUCCCGUCACCAACUUCUUUUCGAAGCGUAAUGGUCGUUUACUCGUUAGACAUGACGACAAAGCGGUUCAGAGCCCCAGCGAAAGAUUGGAACGCACAAUCGACAGACUAGAAAAUCUAUCCCUUCUCACCCGGUUCGAUGAUGGACAAUAUUUCUGGGUUCACAAACUCAUACAGCCACUCAUCCAAUCUAAAGCAUCUGUGGAAGAAGCUGUGAAGCUAGUUUGCAACAUGUCGCCUACUGAUUUGGCAGAGUGCGAAGAGAUUCUCCUUCAUGUUGAUUCGUUAUCAAGACACAUUGGAGAGUAUUCUAAUUGCAACGAGUUGCGGCGCGACUUGCUGGGAAAGAUAGAUGACAUUGGGCAUUUUUUGAUGAAAAGCGAAAGGUUCGCUGAAGCCGGAGAUUUAUUUGAGGAAGUCUUAUAUGAGAGGCGCAAGCAAUCAACACAGUCACACAAGGCAGAUAUCUUUCAAAGCCUAAAUAAUCUUGCAUCAGCGUUGUGUGAGCAAAGGAGGUAUAGCGAGGCGGAGGUUAGAUAUCGUGAGGCAUUGAAAAUACAAUUGCAGGCCUUGGAAUACGGACAGAUCGACCACAUUCACACCUUACCGACCCGCGACCACCUUGCAUCAGCAUGGCUCAAGAUGGGCUACCUGAAAGAUGCCGAGGACCAUUACCGCGAAGCACUAUGCAUACGGCUGGCAAAGUUCGGCGAGGAUGACGAUGAAUGUCUCAAGAAUCGUGACAUGCUCGCAAACGUACUUCAGAAACGAGGCCAAUUGAAAAAAGCUGAAGAGGAGUACGGCAAGGCGCUAUGUAUAAGGCUAGAGAAACUAGGCGAGGAUCAUCCUGAUACUCUCAUGAACCGCGAUGUACUGGCAGAAGUGUUUGAGUUUCAAGGCAUGUUUAUGGAAGCCGAGGACCAUUACCGAGAAGCGUUAGAAAUUAGGAAGAUAACUCUGGGGGAUCAGGAUCAUGAUACGCAGGUGACCUAUGAGAACCUGGCAUUGGUUCUUUGCCAUCAGAAAAGGUACGAGGAAGCCGAAAAAUACUAUAGAGGGUGUUUGAAUUCCAGAUUGGGGCUACUUGGAAGGGAUGAUGAAUACACUUUGGACAUUCUUCACAACCUGGCAGAUGUCCUCAAAUGUCAAGAGCGAUUCGAGGAGGCAGAGGAAUUGUUGACCGACUUUGGGUGUAUAGAAUAA